UCAUAUACAUAUAUAUGUGUGUAUGUAUGCAUGUAUACACAUUCACUUUAAACAUAUUGGACAGAAGACUUUUCAAGGAAAAUCUUUGGAAUAAUAACCUUGAAAUGGACCCCUUGGUCUUAUACCCAAGUUGUAUGGCUCUCCAGCAGCUGUCCAUAGUUCCGCCCUCUGACACUCCUUUAGAGGUUGGAUUUUGGAACAUGACUGAAAAAUGACUAAACAAGAAGAAGGAGAAACAAGCAACAGGAGGAGGAGGAGGAGGAGGAGGAGGAGGAGGAGGAGGAAGACUGAAAAACGAGUCCCAGAUUUACCUUUCUGAUCCUCUGAUUGGGAUUCUUCAACUUUCUGGCCAGUCUGCUUUAGCAAGAUCUCUUUUUCUCUUACAGCUCUUUCUUCUUGUGCACUUGCAGACAAAGAUUGAGGCAAAACGUGAGUGGUGCACGUCUAGAGGGGCCGGACGCUUCUUUACACAAAUGAACAGAGACCUCUGACCCGUGCCCCCUCUCCCCGGCGCCCCAGGCCCGACCUUAAAGGAAACGACCCUAGCCACCCAACAAGUCCCUUCCUCCCAGCUCCUGCAGGACCAAGAGCUGCAUUAAGCCCAUUAACAUCCACUAAAUGGUUAGCAUCAAUUUUUAAUCAGAAAGAAAACCAGAAGUAUGGUAAGCGAAUCCCAGUAGCAAGUAAAUUUAAAUAAUGGUCACGGAGAAAUCCAAUCACUUAAACGCAGAAACCUGCCCAAACCCAAGCCCCGGGGCUGCUUGACAAGAGGCGAGGGGGACAGAUAUAUUAAUAAAGAUGAAAGGGCCGCGGGCCGAGCGCCGAGACCUUAACCCUUCCCGCUCCGGGAGGGGUCGGGAGAGGAAGGAGAGGGGGCGAAGGAGCACAAUGGCACCGGUCACGAUGCCCCCGGCUUUCCCACUCUCCUCGUUCCCCGGGCGGCGCGGCGCAGGCGGCCUCCGCUGUCUCGGGCGGCACCGGACGCCGCCGGGCCCGCGGGGUUAAGGUCACCCGAUUUUUCUACGCGGCGAUCAGGGCUUGGGGAGGAGAGAGCGCCAGAGCCCCGCAUCCCGGCGGCCGCCGCCGCCACCUCUUUCUCCUCCUCCUCUUUCUCCUCCUCCUCCUCCUCUUCUUUCUCCUCCUCCUCCUCCUUCUCCUCCUCCUCCUUUUCCAGCCAGCCCCAGGAGAUGUGAGCCGGGCUCUGGCAGGUAGCGCUGCCCAGAGAGAACCAGCGAGAGAGCGAGGGUGAGGGAGACACGGGAGACUCGGGCGAGAGAGGGAGACGCGGGGACAGGGAAGGAGACGGUGGAAGCGAGCGACGGGGAGCCAGGCAGCCGAGCCGGGCUCCUCCCGGCGGGGCGUGUGGGUGGGGGACCGGGGGACAGACCGACCGCCGGGCGCGCACGCGGGGACGGACAGCCAGACGGAGCCGGCCGGGAUCGGCCAGACAAAGGACACACGGCCGGCCGGCCAGCCAGACGGCGGGAGGGCCGGACUGACGGCCGGCCCGUUUCCCCCCGGGCGGGUGGGGCUGGAGGCGGCGGAAGGGGUGGGGUGGGGCAGGGGGCGGGAGCGGGGGGGCUGGCGGGCGAUGUGGUCGCCCUGGGCGGCGGCGGGAUUUGGGGGGCCCGGCGCCUCCUCGCUGCUGCCGCUGCUGCUGCCGCUGCUGCUGCCGCCCUCGCAGGGCUGGAGUUGCGGGGGGCUGACCUGCGGGGACAAGGAGCGCUGCUGCGACUUUGGCAAUGUCACGUACACGGAGGUCAAGUGCUGCAAGCUGCCCUUUCACACGUUCCUGGACAACGUGGGCUGGUUCGUGAGGAAGCUCUCGGGGCUCCUCAUCCUGCUGGUGCUCUUCGCCAUCGGCUACUUCCUGCAGAGGAUCAUCUGCCCGAGCCCCCGCAGGUACAACCGGCGCCAGCCGGGCCAGCCACAGCAGCAGCAGCAGCAGCAGCAGCAGCCCCCCCAGCCGCCGGCGGCCGCUCCCGGGGGCCGGCGGCCGCAGUCGGACGACGCCCCGGCGCUGCUGCACGAGACGGCCGCCACGUCUCAGGACUCGCUGCUGGACAGCAGCAGCGGCAGCGGCCGCUGGGGCGCCUCGUCCGAGCACGAGCUGCACGCCGUGUCCUCCCCCCUCUUCCUGCAGCUGCCCAGCUACGAGGAGGUCAAAUACCUGCCCACGUACGAGGAGUCCAUUCUGCUGCAGGAGCAGCCGCCGCCCAGCCCCAAGGACUUCGUCCUGCCGGUGGCCGUGCUCGACCAGCCCCGAGGCGGGGACCCGAGCCGCGCCCCGGGGAGACACCCGCUCAUCUGAGCGCGCGGACUCCGGCCCUUCGAAGCGUCCCGCCCGCCCCCCGAGUCGAGCCCGGCGCGUCCCCACGCGCGCACGCCCAGGGCCGGAGACUCCCUCCCUCGGCCGGGGCUCUGGAAAGCAAGACGCCGGGGCGUGGGGCGUCCGGAGACCCCAGAGCUUCACCGCGGCCCCCCUGACCUCGGACCUAGAAAGGGGCCAAGCUACCGGGGCGAGGGGCACCCCAGUUGCCCACCACAGUAACUGCUACUAGGGGCGGGGAAGGCAAGACGUCGGGGCGGCCGGAGACCCGGGCAGUGCCCCCAUCCCAGCCGCGGCUGCUCCCGGGAGCAACGUGACUGCGGGGCUAUCAAAAAUCCCGCCGCCUCUGCUUUCUCUACCAGCCCCAGCUUUCCACCUUCGUUUUCCUGUUCCACCUUACAGAGCCACGCGUGACGUGCAAGGACUGACAGAGCGGGAGCACCCCUUCCCCUUCCCGGGGACUGAAGUUCCCCCGGAUUUCAUGCUGUCCGGUGGUUAGCUCUUCCACGCUCUUGGUGGGGCCCAGGACCUCGGAGAGCGGCUCUCAGAAUGACCCACUUCCUUUAAGCCUUUACUAUUAAUUGUAUUUAUCGUAAGUGCCUGGUUACUAGAGCAUCACAGUGUCAAUUUAAAAGACCUGCAUCUCCUCACAGCCUCGCGGAGCUUCCCCACAGGGAUGAAGAAGACAGGGAUGGUCAAAUAGUCUCCCCACCCCCAAGGUUUAAAUCUGGGUUUAGGAUGGCGGGUGAUGAGUGACUGGUCUCCUCUGUGAGUAAAUCCUUCUCUGCCAGGAUGCGAGAAUUUUUCUAAAAAUGGUGUCUUUAGUAAAUCAUGUCAAAUUAGCUGAUGUUGCUAACCAGGAGAGGGAGGGGUGGAAGGAGGGGAGAGAUGAAAGAGGAAAAAAAAGUCUGGAGACAGAAAGAAAGGUAAAGGAAGAGGGGGGAAAGGGGAUGGAGGAAAGGAGACAGAGACAGUCAGAGAGACAGAGAGAGA